AAAUGAGACGUCGAGACGUGUUUUGUGUUGUGUAGUAGAGAAGAGAGUAUUUACUUGCUAAAUUAUGCGUUAACUCUCGUUUCAUGUAACAUGCUUUAUAAAUUAUAGCAAGCUAAACGGCUGUUGCCUACCAGAAUCAAUAUUCAAUUGCUAGGGCAUCAAAUGUUGAUUCAGCACAAUGUACUUUCCAAUAGGAUGGCCCAAAGUUCUGAAAAAUCCCACAGCAGAUCAUCAAAUCAUUCAGAUUGUUUCAAACAGAGAUAAAAUAUUGUUCGCUUCGCUUAGCGAGGACUGUUUAAUGGUAUGGUUUUGUAAGCCAAGUGUACCUAUUGUGCAUCACAAGCGUAGCACUGAAUCCUUGCAGCGCCUUGGGGUUAAUGUCGGAGUGGAAUGGAAGCCAGACUCUUCAAUGAUAUGCAUUUCGACAUCAGAAGGACAUUUGAUUCUGUAUAAUGUAGAAGUAGUGAGUGACCAGACUGCCUACCAGCAGUAUGACCCUCCUACUGCUAGCCUGCGGAGAGACUCAGCUGAACUGUUUGUGAAAGAAGUCAUACCUUCUCUGAAGAUAACAUUGUUUAAAGAAGUGCUAGUAUGGGACGGUCAGAUCACUCGUAUGUGCUGUAUAUCGGGCACAGAAAUCUUGGUGUGCACAACUAGAGCACACCUGCUCCGGUACCGCUGGGACGGCUCGCAGAAUCGCGACUACUGCCUCGACCUUGGAAGGAUACCCUUCUCUAUCAACCAGCAAGUCUCCAAAGCGGAGCCCAUUCUAGAAGACAACACACACGUAAACGACAUCGAGUACUCCCCUCUAGUGUGCGGGUUCGGAAUAACCCUUAACGACGGGCGCGCGGCCUACCUCACUGCUCCUAACCUCAAAUUUGAUCCUAAUGCGGUCCAGGGCAUCUGGGCACCGGCCAUAGACGACGCGACGUGCGUCCGCGUCAACCAUAAAUUUAGACUUAUCGCCAUUGGUAGAAAGAAUUCACAAGUGGAUGUGUAUACGAUCGACGAGGCGACGGGAGGUUUAGAGCUUUCUCACACGAUGGUGCUAAGUUCCAAAGAUUUCCCCGGUGACCCUGGACCCGUUAAAUGUAUAAGGUGGACGGCUGACGGCCGUGCAGUAGCAGUCAGUUGGGAGAAGGGCGGAAUCUCAGUGUGGAGUACUUUCGGAGCGUUACUCAUGUGCUCUUUGGCGUGGGACUACGGCCUCAACCAGGACUUAAGCAAGCACAACCCACUCUGCGUGUCUAGUAUGGAAUGGGCCACAGAAGGUUAUCAGCUGUGGAUGGUGAAAGUUGAAGCCGACUCGAAUACAAAUCUAAUGCAGCUGGACUUUAUCAAGAGUCCACUCAGUGUUAACCCUUGUAUGAGCAACCAACGGCACCUUUAUCUGCAAGCGGACGACAAACUCUACGUCAACCUAGAGGACAACCUGACGAAGCGGACGAAGAUGUCCAUCAUAGACUCCUCCGCCGAGACCUAUCAGGAGACCGGACUGGACCAGCCGAGCCCUGAGUACAAUAAUAGUGCCAAAUACAGAGAAUAUGUUGAUGACAACGAGUGCCGGAAGCAGUGGAUUGUGCUGCCGCUGCCGGCUACGUAUAUUGCCACGAACUGGCCGCUAAGGUACAGCGCGAUAGACGAGACCGGCGUGAACGUGUGCGUGGCAGGUCGGGCCGGCCUCGCGCACUACAGCUGCGCCGCGCGCCGCUGGAAGCUGUUCGGCAACGAGUCGCAGGAGAAGGAGUUCACCGUCACCGGCGGCAUGCUGUGGUGGCGCGACUACAUCGUCAUAGGCUGCUACAGUAUCGUGGACGGCCACGACGAGAUCCGCUUCUACCCGCGCGACUCCAAGUUGGACAAUCGGUUCGCGAAGAUUGUCCGAGUGCAUUCUCAGGUCUUCGUGUUGGACGCGCUGGAUGAUCAGCUGGUCGUAUUCGGUGCGGACGCGCUCGUCACCAUCUACGAGCUGAGCUGUACUGAUAAUACGGGUAACAUCGAGAUGCGCUGCGUGCAGGCCGUGGACGUGUCAGCUCUGUCGCACCCGGCGUGCGUGGUGUCGGCGUCGCUCUGCCGUCUGCAGGACUGCCAGCGUCAGCCCGCCGUGCAGCAGCCCGACUCGCUGGUACUGAACGCAAGCGGUCGCCUCAUGAUGGUCCAGAGGGAAGAGUACGACGUGGAUGAAGGCAACAACCCGGCAUACAGCUGCCUGCCAGCGACCGUGCUCGCGUCCUGCGUCGAGAGCGUCUGGUCCUGCGGCGGCGGCGGCAGGGCUCAGACACAACUGUCCCGAGCACUGUGGCUGUGGUGCGGCGCCCUCGGCGCGCGAGUCUGGCUGCCUUUGUUACCACGGGACGCGACAAGACACCCCGACUCGUCGCGACACACGUUCAUGGCUAAACGGAUCAUGCUGCCCUUCCAUCUCAACAUAUAUCCCUUAACGAUACUAUUCGAUGACGCGAUCCUCUUGGGAGCCGAGAACGACACUACACUCUACACGUCUGACUCCAACUCCGUGUUCUCACUGCCGUUCUGCGUCGUCAACAGAACCAGCCAAGUGUACCUGCAUCAGAUAUUGCGGCAGCUGCUGCGGAGGAAUCUUGGCUACCACGCGUGGGAGAUCGCGCGCUCCUGUGCCCAACUACCCUAUUUUCCCCAUUCUUUGGAGUUACUGCUGCACGAGGUUCUGGAAGAAGAGGCGACGAGCAAGGAGCCGAUACCGGACGCACAACUCCCCAGUAUUAUUGAGUUCGUUCACGAGUUCCCUGUGUACUUACAGACUGUAGUCCAAUGCGCGAGGAAGACAGAGAUAGCGCUAUGGGCGUACCUUUUCUCGGCGGCAGGGAAGCCGAAGGAACUGUUUCAAGAAUGCCUGCAACGGAAGAUGCUGGAUACAGCUGCGUCGUACCUGAUUAUAUUACAAAACUUGGAGAGUUCAGCAGUCAGCAGACACCUGGCCACGCAGCUGCUGGACACGGCGCUGCAGCACGAGCGCUGGGACCUGGCGAGGGACCUGGUGCGCUUCCUCAGGGCUAUAGAUCCAAAUGACGUGGACUCGCCGCGCAACUCGGUGAACGUGCAGGCCAAGUACGGGCAGAUCGUGCAGUCGCAGACCGUCACCCCCAACGCGGAGGACCUCUCCGUCAUACUGGGCAGCAUGCAGUUGGCUGGCGGUCGCGGCCGCAGCUUCAGCACGACGACGACGCCACGGGCGGAAGCGGAAACGCCCGCGCCGCCCGCACCCGCGCCGGCGCCGCCCGCGCGCGCCACCGCCGCCGUCAAGCGGAAGAAGUCCGUGCCGACGAGGAGUGACAAAGAGAGCUACAGCGGCACAGCGGAGGAAUUCUUCAUCGACAUGAUGAUCCAGCGACACGCCCGCCUCCUCCUCUCCACCGCGCGCCUCCACGCUCUAGGCAAGAUGGCCGCCGCGCUAGACUUGCACCUCGUGGCGUGGCUCGCGGGAGAGAGGGAGAGGGCGGCUAGGGUGGAUAGCGCCGUCCUAUGCUUACGCCGGCUACAUGAAGACUUCGCCUGGCCUUAUCCAGUGCUGCAGGACGCUGAUGAGUACAUGCAGCGGAAAGGCAGCACUGUCACCAGUUCAUACACGCCAUCUGCAGAUUCCGACAGUUUAUGUGGCGACAGCGGCUACAUGAGUUUGCCGAUGCGCGCGGCUCUGCCCGCUGGCGGCGUGCCUGUCAGUCCCGGCCCUGUCAGUUCCGCGGGAGAAGGCAGCGUGGCAGAAGGUGGCGCUGUUUCUUGGGGUGAGAAUGGUGAGGAGCGGCGCUACGCCGCGCUCAUGGAGCGGCUGCACCACAGCCAGGUCGAGCGAGGGAGCCACACGGCGCAUGUGCAACUAAGAUACUUCCUCCAACUGAUGACCGAAGCGAGCUGCGUAGAAUGGGCGCUAGUAAUAGCCGUAGCGCUGCGAGACGCGCUCGCGGUACUGCGGACGUGCAACGCGGCGCGGACACCGGACGUCAACAUAGCCGCCGUCAAGCGGCUCAAGACCGCGCUGCAGCACAUAUACGCGUGGAGCGACAACGAGUGCCUGGGCUACAAACCGUUCAUGGUGGCGAUCAGCAACCAGAUCCCCUUCCUGACCUCCAUCAUCAACACCCGCGAGCGCCGCAUGUCUAUGGUGAAGACCCGCGUCCGCACCGCCAGCACCGGCUCGCUCCAAGAACAGAAACCCAAGCCCCCUCCGGAGCCCAAACCUCUCCAGAAGGCCCAGGAGAUCAAACAGACUGUAAGAAAGGAAUCUCCCAGCUCGCGGGUGUCUGUCCCGGAUGUGGUGGCCAGUGUGAGGGCUAGUGUGACCGUGCCGACUCCGCCGCCGCCGCCCGAGGAACCGCCCUCGAAUUGCGCGCUCAUGUAAACACGAUGUGAGUGAACGUUUUUAUAUGCAACAUUGUCUAAUGGUAAAUUGUUACGGUAGUGAGCGUAAAUCAGUUCCAAAGUCUGCUGAACCGACGUAUGUGGCACUCGUUGAAAAACAGUUGCAACGGAAACAAAACUAUAUGCUGAAGUAUUUGAGCAAAAUUCGACCUUAUUAGGAUAAGGUAUGGUCGAGGUUUGCAUUCACAGUUUCGUGUAUAGAGUCUACCGAAAUGGCUAACGCCAUAGGGAGUGAUCACGCUCGGUUAGACAAUAGACUAGCGGUUUUUACAAUGUUAUAGAUGUACAUUUCGCUAUGUUAUAUUGGUUGAAUCAUACCUAAAGUAACAUUAUACGUGGUGCUAACAUAGUGUGUAAGUUCAGAGCACCUUGUUUGCUGUGAUAAAUCUGAGACGACUCUAGUCUGUCGGGCUAGCAUAUGAUUGGCUCGACAGUAUCUCGUGGCGAGAUAGACUACCCGUCUUUUUCUAUGUUAAUUAAAGAGAAAGAGGGACGGGUAGUCUAUCUCUAUCUCUCUACAUAUUAUAAUCAUUUAUUUAAAUUAUAUGUGUAAAUGAAUUUGUUUAUUGGAUUAUGACGUUAGCACCAUUUAUAGUGUAUUUGUGAUAAGUUCCCUUGGUGAUGUGAGAUUGUCUGUGUUACUUAUAAAAUAUAGUAGUUGAAUUGUCAAAUAGUUGAAUUUUUACAACGGUUUUAUACCAUUGCCAAAUUGUACGUUUUAAGUCUUGAAAGAGAGGUCUAGCUAAUUUGAUACAUCGGGGCAUGUUCGGAUAUGUAUGCAUAUGGUACGAAAGGUUAAAAAUAAAAAAUAUACUCUCAAUUGUCAAUAUUUGAACUAGGUGGUGAAACUGCCAUGUUUACUCAUUAUUUCUAUUGACUACUUGAAUCCUCACUUAAAACACAAGUUCGCGGUACGUUUUAAAGUAUUAUUUGGCACAGUUUUAUACGAAACACAUGUUUUAUUGAGCUAUUGUUCGAUAUUCUUGUAGUCUUUUAUUUAAAAGCAUAGCAAUUAAUUGGUACAUCGCCUAUAGGCGGUAAAUACGCGAUAUAGACAAUUAAAAAUUUAAUGAAACUCUCGCACCGUCUCAAUCAGCCUUAAAACUGAUGCUUUCUGCUGCGGUUGGCUCUUUUUACCGAUCCCUGGGUUAGUGCAUUGGUACUUGACGGUUAAAAUACCAAUAAGGUAAGUUCAUUAAACAACUAAGGUCCAUCAGGCAAAUGCGGAAUAACCAUGUCAAAUUAUUUGGCAUGAAUUUACCUGUAAUGUACACGCUAAAAGGGUUUCAUAUAAUUUCAUAUGAAUUAUUCUGUGUGUAAUUUAAUUAAUAAUUACAAUUAUUUUGUCCAUUUGGUGCUGUAUUGUCACAUUAUAUUAUUCAAUAUCUCGAUACACUUUAAUUAACUUAAUUAAUUUAUUACUAGUCUCGUAAUAAUGAUUAUUAUUCAAUAUAUUUAUUUAAUUAUCAUAUCAUUUAUGUAAUCCAAUUCAUUAAAUCGAAAUUAAUAGUUUUAAGUAGGUACUUAAAUUACGAUUAGGAAAGUAAUAAAAAAAACAUUAACAUUGAAUUUAAUCGGUCUUCCGUCUCGAUAAUGAAUACUGAAUGAUUAUUCAAUCAAUUUUGUGAUUGCCUUUAAAUAUUACAUAAUAAAAAUUUCAACUAUGUACUGUCUGGCAAAAAAGAGUAGA